AUGCUACUUCGUUUUCGAGCACGAUCUGGUGAUGAAGUUCUUAAAAAUCACUUACUUACUCAAAGUACUCAUACUAGGGCUAUGUACACAUCGUCCGUUAUUCAAAAUGAAAUAAUUGAAUUAUGUGGAAGUGCUAUUCAAGAGGAACUAAUAGGUAGAGUCAAACAGUCAGGUUUCUUUGCUGUACUUGCCGACGAAACUCAGGAUGUGUCACGUCAUGAACAGCUGUCACUUUGCCUUCGCUAUGUUGACUGCUCUUCUGGAAAGGCUCUUAUUCGAGAAGACUUUCUUGAAUUUGUUCAUGUUAGUGACGUUACAGCUGCAGCUUUAGCUUCGACGAUCAUGCAAAGGCUAAAAUCAUUCGGAAUAGAUUUGAAGAAUUUAGUUGGUCAGGGCUAUGAUGGAGCCGCUGUGAUGAGCGGACGGUUGAAAGGCGUAAGAACCAUAAUUACGAAUAAAUAUCCCCGAGCACAGUUCGUACACUGUGCAGCUCAUACUUUGAACUUAGUUUUGGCUCAUUCUUGCCAGAUCCCUGCAAUCAGAAACUGUAUCGGGACUAUUAAAAGCAUAAUUAACUUCUUUAGACAAUAA